AUGGCACGGUCCCAGGUUUGCGGUUACCCUCUCUAUGUGGACAGCAAGACUCACGAGCCCUUUGUUCUGGAGCUGUAUCGAGCAAAAGGAGGUUCGGCCAAAGAUCUCAUAACCAGCCGACUCCGACACGAUGCUCUCACGAUCUUGAGGCAGUUGAUGCGUGAGAAGGAAAAGCCUGGGAAGAUGCACUACCCUUCGCCCCUCCCGCCGCUGGCGACAGAGGCCAAGGAUGCACCUCCGACGGAGCCUCCGGCACAGGCUGCUCAACUGCUGGCUGAUGGCCCCAGCACUGGCUCUGGCUCUACGAAGGAGGCCGUGGCGCUAUUAGCCUUUGCACCUCCUCGCUGGCGGCAGCGUGCUCGCCGGAGCGCCGCAGACUUCCUCUGA